UACGAAGCGUCGGGUGCAGUAAGGGAUGCGAUCGUAAUUGUGGUUAGCUCUGUAUAAAAAGAUGUUUUCUUCUUACAAAACAUGUUUUUAAUAUAUUUUUAUAUUUAAAGCAUUGAGUAACCUUCAGUAAAUAUCUUCGUCAAUAAUUUUGUGAGAGAAUGCUACUUUCACUGAUAAAGAAAAAUGGGCUAAAUUUGGCCAGGUUCUUCGCUCAGACACCUCUACUGACCCAAGAGACUUCUGUACCUAAAUAUUGUAGUAUUCUGAAAGUUCCAAUCAGCAAGACUGCUAUUCAACAGACAGCAUAUUCUACUGAAGUACGGAGCACAGAUUCUGCAACAAAUAAAUCAUAUAAGACUCCAAAAAGGAAACGCUAUGGUUAUGAAGCAAAAUAUUUCACUGGAGGACUUCUACCUCGCCUUGAUAGUGCUAAACCAUUGCAAUCACUGAAAGCAUAUGAAGUUCCAGAAAACUGGGUAAAAAAGAAGGCUUUGUUUGGACAAAAUGAUUAUAUUGAUAUACUGGGUGAUGGCAAAGUCACUCCAAAGGAAUUGAUCCGUGGUCCACCCUGGUUGAAAGGAUUCAAAGGAAAUGAGAUGCAGCGAUUAAUACGUCACAUUAGAUUUGAAGGGCAUCAUUUGAGGUUUUAUUAUCCCACAAAACAUCACAAUAUAAAAAAGAGAAUUAAAUAUCUUUAUAAAUUCUACAAUUUCCGUCGGCAUAAAACCAAUUAUUAAAACCAAUAUUCAAGUUUGGUUAUUAAAUGCUUUUUCCUUAAAAAUGA